ACGGCGGCGGAGACUCCCGGGACCGGGCCGGGCAGCGCAGGGCCAUGGCCGAGGCGGCCGCAGCUCCGACUUCGGAAUGGGACACCGAGUGCCUUACAUCGCUUCAGCCCCUUUCUCUCCCCACACCCCCAGCCGCAAAUGAGGCCCACCUGCAAACGGCAGCCAUCUCCCUGUGGACAGUGGUGGCUGCCGUGCAGGCCAUAGAGAGGAAGGUGGAGGUCCACAGCCGGCGACUGCUACAUCUAGAAGGCAGGACAGGGACAGCGGAGAAGAAGCUAGCCAGCUGUGAAAAGACAGUGUCGGAGCUCGGCAACCAGCUGGAGGGCAAGUGGGCUGUGCUGGGGACCCUGCUGCAGGAGUACGGGCUGCUGCAGCGGCGUCUGGAGAACCUGGAGAACCUGCUGCGGAACAGGAACUUCUGGAUCCUGCGGCUGCCCCCAGGUGUUAAAGGGGAUAUACCAAAGGUGCCUGUGGCCUUUGAUGACGUCUCUAUCUACUUUUCCACACCAGAGUGGGAAAAAUUAGAAGAAUGGCAAAAGGAACUUUACAAGAAUAUCAUGAAGGGCAACUAUGAGUCUCUCAUCUCCAUGGAUUACGCUAUGAAUCAACCUGAUGUCUUAUCUCAGAUUCAACCAGAAGGAGAACAUAAUACAGAGAACCAGGCAGGGCCAGAGGAAAGUGCAAUUCCCACAGAUCCCAGUGAAGAGCCUGGUCUUUCAACAUCUGAUAUUCUGUCGUGGAUUAAACAAGAGGAAGAGCCACAGGUUGGGGCCCCUCAAGAGGCCAAGGAGAGUGACCUGUACAAAGGAAGCUACCCUGAGGAGCUGGUGGUCAAAGCCGAAGGCCUGGCCAGGACGCUGUGUUCCGAGGUUCCCCCCACCUUCCCUGCCUCGGCGGCACCUGCUGCGAAGGACGCGUUUUCAGAAGCGCCUUUCAAAGGCCAGCAGCCUGCACCCGCGACCCAUUUCGGAUGCCCGGCCACUGACCUGCCUGAAGCCUCGGAGGGACAGGUGACUUUCACCCAGCUGGGCAGCUACCCCCUCCCGCCUCCACUCGGAGAGCAGGUGUUCUCCUGCCACCACUGUGGCAAGAGUCUCACCCAAGACCUGCUGCUGACACACCAGUGCGGCCAUGCCGGGGAACACCUCUUGCCCUGCGCCCAGUGCCCCAAGCACUUUCCCGCACAAGCCGACCUUGGCAGCACCUCGCAGGACCAGGCCGGCGCGCCCCCCCCUACCUGCCCACACUGUGCCCGCACCUUCACCCACCCCUCAAGACUCACCUACCACCUGCGGGUCCACAACAGCACCGAGCGCCCCUUCCUCUGCCCCGAUUGUCCCAAGCGCUUCGCCGACCAGGCGCGACUCACCAGCCACCGCCGCGCUCACGCCAGCGAGCGGCCCUUCCGUUGCACGCAGUGUGGCCGGAGCUUCAGCCUGAAGAUCAGCCUCCUGCUGCACCAGCGGGGACACGCGCAGGAGCGCCCCUUCUCCUGCCCCCAGUGCGGCAUUGACUUCAACGGCCACUCAGCCCUGAUCCGCCACCAGAUGAUCCACACGGGCGAGCGGCCCUACCCGUGCACGGACUGCAGCAAGAGCUUCAUGCGCAAGGAGCACCUGCUGAACCACCGGCGGCUGCACACGGGCGAGCGGCCCUUCCAGUGCGCGCACUGCGGAAAGAGCUUCAUCCGCAAGCACCACCUCAUGAAGCACCAGCGCAUCCACACCGGCGAGCGCCCCUACCCCUGCGCGCUCUGUGGCCGCAGCUUUCGCUACAAGCAGACGCUCAAGGACCACCUGCGAUCCGGCCACAGCGGAGGCUGUGCUGGUGAUGGUGACCCCACCGCACAGCCCCCCGACCCGUCGGGUCCCCUCUUAACUGUGCUCGAAACCUCUGGCCUAGGUGUUAGCACCGAAGGUCUAGAGACCAAUCAAUGGUAUGGGGAAGGGAGUGGAGGGGGAGUUUUGUAAGCCUGUGGAGUGAGCCAUGAUUAACUGUGUUCUAGAGGGGUGGAAAGGCCAGGAGAAAGCCCACCAACUCCCACAGAAAUUAACAUCUAACACACCAAGGAAUUUGGGGUUCUCCACACUCAACUAGAGGCAUUCUUGGAACUUCAAGGUAGUACAAGAAUACUACGUCUUGAAAUCCAGAAAAUCUGUAAAGUCUAGCAUCCUCAUCUCUUCAGAGAUCCCACAUUAGGAAUUAUAAAUAUCCCAGCGAGGCUGAGAAGAUUUGUCCUCGGGUUAUCUUAUGGGAGAGUAGAGUGAGAGUAGACCGAGUCUCAGGUAGACAGAGGUGUGAGAACAACUCCCAAACCUGAAGCCCAUGAGAGUGUUCAGAGCCUUUUAUCCUUUGAUGGUGAGGUGACUGCUGGAAGGCUGUGCUCCCUCCACUGUUGGUGUUGCUGCAUUCUAGAAACCAGCUAAAAAGCUCUGUUCCCACCUGUGUGGUCACAUUCCCCAGGACGUGACUCAGACUGCCUUCUGGGUCUCCUUGAUGGAGUCUGCGAACACAUUGAUAUUGAGUGAUAUUUAAUAGUUCUUUUAGGGGAACAGUUCUUAGCGUUUCCUGGCUUGGUUGUUGAACAUUCAGACUCUUGUACUGACAUUGAAUCUGCCAGGAACCUUUGCCAGGGUCUUGAUCACAACAGAGUUCUCAGUUCCAUUUUCAAAGCUUGAGACCCCAGAGAAAGAGCCGGCGUAGGAGUAACAGAGCACCCAAAAGUUGGUGUCUAAAUCAUAUUUUUGGAGUCAUUUAUGUCAAAAUAUCCCAUUUCCAAGCCAGUAAGUGUGGUUUGCAUUUCUGGUUUCUGAUUUUCUUUUACAGUCAUCAGCAACAGAGAUCACAAGACUUUGCAGAAGCAGUAAGGUGUUUUCAGAAGGCACUGAGCUCUGGGCUUUUGUUUGCUUUUGUGUUGCAGUGAGGCACUUGAGCCACCAGAGCUGUCUGUGCCUCGCCUACCCCUGCCAUGGCAGUGGCACAGAGGCACCGCUGAGGGCUGAGUGAUCGAGCGUGCCGAGACACAGACAGCCUGUCCCGCCCGCUGUGCUGUCAGAGACCCGGCUUCGUGUGUUCUUUUCCUGGGGGUCACUCAGUCAUCUGGGAGCAUCGGAGCCUGCUUCCGUUCCUAAGUGUCUUUGCAGCUGGGUAGAAGUCCUUUUUCUUUUAUGCCUCUCAAGUUUUCAUAUGUGAAACGAGGUUAAAGAGGGAUGUAAGCCUCUAGAGAUUCAAAAAAAAAAAAAAGUGGUUUGAUAUAUUCCUUCUAUACAAAUUUUUUUUCUUCCGCUGGCUUUUGUCCAGGUAAAGUCAAAGGAGCCUAAAAUCAAAGCAGAGAAGCUCUUGUAGAAACUUGACUAAAAUCAAUUUGAUGUUUUUCUCCAAGGAGCCUAAGAUAGAAGAUAGACAGAAUACAGAAGCAACUACACCUUGGGCAGAAAAGAUAAUUCUGGAACCCUUGUAUGAUGCCUGGAACAAGGCCUGGGAAUAUUUAGACAUUUUCUUGAAAAGUGGUAAGGAAAGGAUGCUUUCUCCUUAUCUAACCGCCAUUCUGCCUGGCAUGUGUAACUGCGAAGAAAGUUACCUGUGCCCCCGAAAGCUGCAGCAACUCAAGAUACUUUUUUUGCAGGGAGUAACUGGGGUUGAGCUCGGGACCUUGUCUUUGCUAGGCAGGUGCUGUACCACUUGAGCCAUACUGCAGGUCCUUUUUGUUUUAGCUGUUUUUCAGAUAGUGUUUUAUACUUUUUUUUCCCUUGGGCUGGUCUUAGACCUCGAUUCUCCUGUGUUUCUCAUGUGGAUGGGAUUAGAGAUGUGUACCACCAUGUGUAGAAAGGUAAUCACUGCUCUGUGGUGAACACAGUAUCAGGAACCAUGGGAGCCAUCAGAAUUGUGUGAGAUUGGACUAUAGGCAGUG